AUGGUGGUUGAACAUGAACUGCUGCAGCUUGUGCGGGCAACUCUGCCAGCUGAAUAUGACCUCGGAGACGUCGAGAUGCACAGAUCGGCUCAAAAGAAGUACCGCGUUGGUCUGAAGGCAAGGCACAGCAGUCAGCCGUUACUUCAGUGGUACAGCAGCACCAUCACCACGAAGUGUGCACGCGGCAGAAACAGAGACGCCGAGUCCCGAGCUUUGGGAAGCAUCAAUAGAGAAACAUGGCUAGACCUCGCUGGAAAGACUUCCCAGCGUGCAGCGGUCCAGACACCACCCCCGCGAGUUAUACCGGCCGUUAGAUCGGCCUGUCCUGCACCUGGUUCGCUACGAGAACCUGGCGCUGGCGGCGCGGAGAGAUUGCGAAGUGCAGGGUGUGGCGGUGCAAGAGAGGGCAGCGGACGGCCAAAAGGAGCACUGGGAAAAGCAGCCCGGCGAGAAAGAGCAGCCUGUCCUGCACCUGGUUCGCUACGAGAACCUGGCGCUGGCGGCGCGGAGAGAUUGCGAAGUGCAGGGUGUGGCGGUGCAAGAGAGGGCAGCGGACGGCCAAAAGGAGCACUGGGAAAAGCAGCCCGGCGAGAAAGAGCUGUGCAGCUGCGCGAGGAACUCGUGAACGCCUUUCCGGACGCACUCAACCUGAGCCCGGGGAAGCUGCAAGAAACGCUGCAGGCGUGGAAGGAGUUUGAACCUGAGUGGUCCGAGGAGGCGAUGAAGAAGUACUUGAAGAAGGGAACCUACAGCAAGUCCCAAGCGAGGAAGAAGAUCAAGCUCGCACGCGAUGCAGAACUCAAAGCAACUGCGGGUAAGGCGGCGGCGUACGAGUUUCGUGCAGAAAGCAUGGACUACUUCAGUUCCCUGCUGAAGAAUGCAACGAACGCCAUCAGCAGAGCAGCGGAACAGGAAGACGUGAGUGCUUCGGCGGACCUGUCCAGCUACCAGCUGGCACACGUGGUCCAGGUAGCCAUGACGCUGACCCAUCUCUACACCCUCCAGAACGAUGACGUCGCCCGUGACGAUGCAAUCAACAUCGCCGCACGCGUGGCACGGCGGAGCGUUAAAACGGUGAACGGGUGGGAGCGUGACUUCAUAUCACUCGGGGGCAUCAAGACGCCGGAGAGAGGUUGCGUCGAUCGAAAAUUUCUGCCGGAACUCGACGAAGGCGUCAAGGAAAAGGUUCACCAGUGGAUGCUAGUAAACUGCGGAAUACUGAGCGGGGAAGCCAACAAGACGGCGGAAGACUUCCGCAAGUUUGUCAACGAGGAGAUCAUGCCCCAGCUGGAAGGGCUGGCGACGGAAGACUUCAACCCAUUCAAGGGGUUGAGAGUGCAGCUGGAAGAACAAGAAGCAAAAGACGGCAAGCCCCCCGAGCCUCCCAAGCGUGUCAUCUCCCUUUCUACAGCAACGACAUGGCUGAAAAAGCUAGGGUGCGAGUACCACGGCGGCAAGAACGGCCUCUACUUCGAUGGACAUGAUGAUCCGGAAACCAUCAACUACCGAAACAACGAGUUCCUGCCGGAAUUGUGGAAGGUUCGCGACCACAUGGAAGUGUGGAUUUCGGUCACGAACGAAGAAGCGGUUGACUGGGACAUUGAUGUACAUCAAGUGCCGGAGGCCGACCGCUUGCCGGAUUCUAGUGGUGUCUGGGUGUGUGUCGACGAUCUAGAACAAGCGUUGGCGGAUCUGCCAGAAGAUCUGCAAGCCAGAGUACAGAGCAAGAAAAAAUACCCAGAUGGGAAGAGGGCCUUGCUUCUUUACCAGGACGAGAGCAUAUUUCGAGCCAACGACGAUCAGAAGUAUGCGUGGUACAGGCGGGAGCAGCGGGUAGUGACGAAGAAGUCACCCGGCCAGGGCAUCAUGGUGUCAGGAACGAUCAUCCACAACGUGGGCUUCUUUUCGGCGUCGCCGGCCCAGAUAGACCAGGCCAACCGCAACCGGAAGAUGCGCUGCCGGGAGUCAGCUGCUGCAGCUCGACGAGGGGAGAACGUCAAAGAGGAGAAGUACCGGGCUAUCGACAUGCUGCAUGUCGACGAGGACGGAAACUCCUGGUCCUACCAUCUCUUCGAAUACGGCAAGAACAAGGAGGGGUACUGGACUGGCCUCAAAAUGUUGGACCACAUGAACGACGUCCUGGACAUGGUGGGAGUCCUCUACCCUGAAUACAAGCCGGUUUGCCUAUUCGACUGGACGUCUUGCCAUGACUGCUUGGAGGUCGGCGCGCCGAGGGUAAGCGGCAUGAACGUGGGGUUCGGUCAGAUGAGGAACGGAGAAGAGCUAGCGCCGAUGGAUGCCGUGACGAUUCUGGAAGAGUGCCCGGGCUUCAAAGUCGGCGACACACAGCACUUGGUUUUCCAGCGGGGGGACGACCCGCCCUUCUACGCCCAGCAUCUUAGACCGGCGGAGUAUGUGGGGAAGCUAAAGGGUAUGCGGCAGAUCCUGUUCGAAAGGGGCCUCCUGAGGGCGGGCAUGACGAAGACGGGGGGCAAAGGCGAAAAGAACGACCCCAUCUUGAGCAUGGAGCAUCAUGUUCUGGGAGAGCAAAAGGACUUCAAGCAAGUUGAAUCUAGUCUAGUGCUGCUGCUCCGGCGGCAAGGGGGGGUCUGCAUGAUGCUCCCCAAGUAUCACUGCGAGUGCAACCCCAUCGAGCUCUGUUGGGGCCGUGCGAAGGACUGGACACGCAAGAAGUGCACGUAUUCGUUCGAGGGGUUGCGCAAGAACGUGCCGUUGAGCUUUAGACCGGAGAAGGACAGACAGGCGGUUGCGGUAGUGCAGGGAUACUGCAAAAAGGCGUACACGCAUGCCCUCGUGUACCUCAACGCGCGUGCACUUGGGCCUGAGGGUCAAAAGAUGUACAAGAAGUUCAAGUCGCACAGGCGCCCGACGCCGAAGAUGUGGAGGGAGUAGAGCGACACGCGUUUUUGUUGACGAUUUCAAGACUUUUUCGCAUGUUUUUUCCACGCGUUCUCCAGUUUCCCCGCUCAAAUUGGUGGAUUUUGACGGCGAAAAGGUACAAAAAAGACCCACCCGGACACAUCAUGUGGUGGUAGCC